GAACUCACUCUUUCUCCUAGCAACUUCUUAAUGGAGGAUCAACAAUUAGAGAAUGAGCAAUCACAACAGCUAACAAUAUUUUACAAUGGACAAUUUGUUGUUUCUCAUGUUACUCAGCUUCAGGCUAAAGCUAUAAUAUAUCGUGCAAGUAGAGAAAUGGAGGAGAAGUCAAAUAAGAUGUCCGAGCCUUCAUCACCAUUAUUACAACCUCAAACUGGUCGUUUCAUGGAUAAAUCUCUACAAAGAUUUCUACAAAAGAGAAAAAAUAGAAUUCAAACAACUUCACCAUACCAUCACUAGUUGCUCCUACUGAUGAUAUUGGCUCCGAUCCAUUGUUUGUACAUAUGUUUUGUAUUUAUUGAUCUCUAGUUUCUUAUGAUCUGAACUAUCACUUCAAUAUCUCUUAUCUUGUA